CAAAGUUGUAUGCUCAAAAUUAAGAUUUGUGAUAAUGGAGAAAGCCAAGGACUUGGAGAAAUGUGAAGAACUCCUCAGCACACUGACAGCACUCCCAAAAAGUGUGAUGAAUUAUCUUUAUGAAGAAAAAGUUUUGAGUAAGCAAGAUAUUGACACUAUCAGUUGUCUCACAUCAUAUGAAAGUGCUAAAAAACUAAUUUUAGAGCUCUUAGAUAAAAAAGGGCCUUCAGCAUUUAGAACUUUCAUUCAUAUAAUGCAGUCAAAUUGUGAAGACUUGGAUAAAAAAAUUGAGCAGAUGACUUUAAAAGAGGAAAUGUGCUCAAGUAAUUACAUGUCAGCUAAGAAAUCCCUUGAAACAGAUUCAAGACCAUUUACAAAGACCCACUCUCCACCGUAUGGUGCAGGAAAGGAAAGUAUUGGUGAGGAAGAGUUGAAAUCAAAGCCAGAAAUACAGGAAAACAAACCUGAGCCAGCAAGAGAGUCAAAGAUAAGUGAGAGAGAGUUUCAACAAGGUAUACACAAAUCAUAUCGAGGGAGUCCAAAUAUCAUAACUAUUCAGAAUUCCCAAGGAGUUCAAAUAGGAAACAGCUAUUGUUAUAAUAUAAAACAUGCAGGGCAUCCUAUGAUGGUUGCUGGUUUGCCUUUUAAACCAAACAAUGUUUCACAUUCUGCUCGAGUCUUCCCAACAGUAGUUCCUGAAAAGGUGUUGGCAUGCAGCCAAGAGAUAGAUGUUGUUGAAAUGUACCAUGUGGCUGAAAACAUUGGAAAUGAUUGGAAAAAACUAGCAAGACACUUACCAGGUGCCAACUUCAGCAAUGGUGAAUUAGAUAUUUUGUUCUUUGACCACAAAGAUCAUGGUUUACAAGAAGUUAUUUACCGAACACUGUCCUCAUGGAAGGAAAGGUGUCCUUGUCAAGCAACUAUAGGAAACUUGGCUAAAGCAUUGAUUAAGAUUGAACGAAGUGAAGUAGCAUUACACAUCAAAAAGUGACAUGGAAAUAGAUAAACAUUGUUAACUGUGCUUAGCAUAUUGUAUUUACUGGAAUUUUAAAAGUUUAGUUUGAAACCAAGAUUACAAUAAUGUUUUCUGACUGUUUCAAUGUUAAAAUACAUAAUUUUCUAACAUUAUCAUGUUGCAUUGCAUUACAUUUUAUACAUAUUUGUAUGUCUAAAUUGUUGUUCCGAUUAUUUCUGAUUAUUAAUUAAGUAGGAUUUCUGGUAUAUAUUCAAGAUAGGGUUUAUUGUCUUGUUCUGUGGUAAGUUUCUAGUAAAGAUAAUGUCAGAAUGAUUUCAAAAGUUUGUCUGGAAGUCUAUACCAGCAUUUACACAUACAUUGCCUUAAGAAAUUGUAAGACCUUUUCUUUUUUUUUCCUGUAUGCAAUAACAGUGACAAUUUAUCCUUUUAAUGCAUUGGCCUUGGAUCGUUAGUAAGUUGCUGGGUGUUUAAGCUGAUUAAAUGUUGAUUAAUAUGAAUAUUUAAGAAGACAAAUAUGUUGUAUUAUUUAAACUAUGUGAUGUUCUUCUGAAAGUAUUUCUAUAGAGAAAAUAUAUAAAGUGAAUAUUUCAAUUAAUUGUCACAUGAUAUGGACUUAAGACUGAAACUAAAUGUUUAUAAUUUUUACCUGUCAGAAUGUUUGAGUAAAGUAUCUACUUUAUGCAUUUUUUGGUAAUAGUACCAAUUUUAAAGUAUUAUGUUUAUAAAAAGUUAUAAUUUGAUACAUUUUUCACAUAUGUAGUCUAAGUAUUUGCACAAUUUCAAAGUAUUAUGUUUAAAAAUAUCUGUAAUUGAAAAUAUUUGAACUUUCCAUUUUUUUCUUUAUAAAAUAUUAAAUAACAUUUUUGUUCAAGUUUGAUGAAAUUUGUCAAUAUACACAAUAAUUUUUAACUUUUGAAGGGAUUGUGUGAAAAAUUUUUCUGUAUAAAAAAAUCAUGAUGUAUGUAUAUAUAUAUAUAUUUUUUAUAGAUGAUUUAUGCAGAGUAUUCAUGGUGAAUAAACGUGAAAUGGGUAGCAAAUACCCAUUUCACCUCUGUUUCUUUUUAUAAUAUUAUUGUUUAGAAAUAGUACUUCCAUUGAUAUUAUUGUGAUUAAUGUCUAAAAUCCAAAAUUUAAAUUUUGUUAAUUAUUUUGAAUGUAAAGUAUUUGUAUUAUAAAUUCUGAUAAAAAAAAUUAGCUUGAUAUUUAUAGUCAAAAAUGUUACAAUUUUGUAUGACCUUUUAUGAUCUGUGUAUGCAAUUGUGCCUUGUAAUGUUAACUGAAAAAUGUGUGCAUGGCUCAUUAGUGUUGUUAGCUCUAAAAGCAAUAAGUGAAGUUUUCAAAAUAGUAUCAAGAAAAUCAAAAUCUUGAAAGACAGUAUUUUAUAUUUACAAAAAGAAAAUUGUGUAAAAAAAGUUUAACAACUGUGUUAACCCUUUUGAGACGGGUCUCAGGUGAA